GUAGGCCUUAACCGAAUUCCAAGCCAUUUACAUUUCUAGGUAGCUGUUUACCCUUAUUAACGCUUAGCUACUAAUCACCAUGCGAUCAUUCAUUGCUCUUCUUGUGCCCGUCCUCGCGGCUGCGGCAAGUCCUAUUGGAAUCGUCGGCAACGGUGAUACUCCCAAGCCGGAUGAGAUCACCAUCGUCAGCGCCUCCGCGAGUGGAAACGGAUGUCCUCAAGGGACCGUGACGACGGACCUCUCCCCGGAGCGAACAGUUAUCACUUUCGGGUUUGAUGCUUUUCAGGUGUACACCGGGCCUGGCACCAAGCAGUCGGACAAGUCUAAGAACUGCCAGCUCCAUCUGAACCUCAAGUACCCAGGGGGGUUCCAAUUCGCCGUGGUCGAGUCUACAUACCAUGGCUAUGCCCAGCUCGAGGAUGGCGUGACCGGUACCUUCUAUUCGACCUAUUAUUUCUCCCAAGAUGCCGCUGCUACCACCACGACUCGAACCUCGAUCGACGGAGGUGGGCUCUGGACUGACGGCCAGGUAUAUACCAAGCAAGAUCAAGUCCCUACUGCAUCGAUCAUCUGGUCGCCUUGCGGCGCUACGGGUAUUCUCAACGUCAACAACCGCAUCGCGCUGACGUCGAGCAAUACGACCGCCUCGGGCCAGAUCUCAGAUGACGAUGCUACCGUCGCUUUCACUCAGCAGGUCCACGUGAGCUGGCAGGCUUGUAAAUAGGAUAAGCGAAACGGUUCAAGAUUCGUGUGUACGACAGUGGGGUAAAGUCAAGGCGUUAUGGAAGUUUAUGAGCACGUGAGAGGGUAGGUAGGUAAGUAGGUAGGUAGGUGGUGAGUGAUUAUCAUCUAGGGAAGGGAUAUUAGCAGGGCUACUCGUAUAUCAAGUAUUGCGUUUCUGUGGAAACGUACUUAUGAAUAUUUCGAGUUACAUUACCUUUCUUAUUUCUGAUCUCCUUUUGUGCUGCUUAAAGGUAAACAAAUCUUGAGCGAUGGGUUUCGCGGAUCACUACCUAGGUACUACCUUAUUUGCGCCAAAUUAGUAAUUAUAAGAUUCCCUUGAUUAGGUAG